AUGGGCGACCCGACCUCGCCCCACAUUGUGCUCAGCGGCGUCGCGACGGACGCGGUCGACGUGGAAGACUCGAUCUUGAUCAACGUGACGGCGCACUCGAUCAAGGCCAAGCGCUGUGUCCUCUACAACGUGACGAGCGAAGACAUCAACGGCUUCGAGCUCGCCGACGGAACGUCGCACCUGAGUAUUUGCGGAGGCGAUGCGUGGAAGACGACGUUGGACAAGAACGUGCACUCGUUUGAGCAGAUUUACGUGCUUAACGAAGAAGCCGACGUGACCGAGAUUGAAAAGCUCUGCCAAGACGAACACCAUCGCAUCCGUGAGCUCCUGCACCCGACAACGACGACCAAUACCAACGGCGCCAUAUACGACAGUAGUAAUGAGAACUAG